AGGCGCGGAGGCUCGGAGAGAAGAGACGUGGAGGGAGGGACGGAGCCUGGACAGCGGUGGACACGGCAUCGCGCGCCGGGGAGAGCGCAGCGCGCACUAGGUGCCGAGCGCCGAGCGCCGAGCACCUAGAGAGGCAGCCCCGGUGGUCUCCCGCCGUCCAUGCACAGAGCGCCCUCCCCCACUGCCGAGCAGCCGCCGGGCGGAGGGGACAGCGCCCGCCGUACCCCGCAGCCCAGACUCAAGCCCGGUGUCCAAGCCAUGGCACUGCCUCGGACGCUGGGGGAGCUGCAGCUGUACCGGGUCCUGCAGCGUGCCAAUCUCCUUUCCUACUACGAGACCUUCAUUCAGCAGGGAGGGGACGAUGUGCAGCAGCUGUGUGAGGCGGGGGAGGAGGAGUUCCUGGAGAUCAUGGCACUUGUGGGCAUGGCCACUAAGCCCCUUCAUGUCCGGCGCCUGCAGAAGGCACUGAGAGAGUGGGCCACCAAUCCCGGGCUCUUCAGCCAGCCAGUGCCUGCUGUGCCCGUUUCCAGCAUCCCACUGUUCAAGAUCUCUGAGACUGCGGGUACCCGGAAAGGGAGCAUGAGCAAUGGGCACGGCAGCCCAGGGGAAAAGGCGGGUAGUGCCCACAGUUUUAGCCCCAAGAGCCCCCUGGAACUCGGGGAGAAGCUGUCACCACUGCCAGGGGGACCUGGGGCAGGGGAUUCCCGGAUCUGGCCAGGCCGGAGCACUCCAGAGUCGGACAUUGGGGCAGGAGGAGAAGAGGAGGCUGGGUCACCCCCCUUCUCCCCACCUGCAGGGGGAGGAGUUCCUGAGGGGACUGGGGCUGUGGUGCUAGCAGCAGGUGGGACUGGGGGUGGUCCAGACCGACUGGAGCCAGAGAUGGUGCGCAUGGUGGUAGAGAGUGUGGAGAGGAUCUUCCGGAGCUUCCCGAGGGGGGAUGCUGGGGAGGUAACCUCCUUGCUAAAGCUGAAUAAGAAGCUGGCACGGAGCGUGGGGCACAUCUUUGAGAUGGACGAUAGUGACAGCCAGAAGGAAGAGGAGAUUCGCAAGUACAGCAUCAUCUAUGGCCGCUUCGACUCCAAGCGGCGGGAGGGCAAGCAGCUCAGCCUGCACGAGCUGACCAUUAAUGAGGCCGCUGCCCAGUUCUGCAUGAGGGACAACACGCUCUUACUGCGAAGGGUGGAGCUCUUCUCUUUAUCCCGCCAAGUGGCCCGCGAGAGCACCUACCUGUCCUCCUUGAAGGGUUCUAGGAUCCACCCUGAAGAAUUGGGAGGCCCCCCUCUGAAGAAGCUGAAACAGGAGGUUGGAGAGCAGAGUCACCCUGAAAUCCAGCAGCCUCCCCCAGGCCCUGAGUCCUAUGCACCCCCAUACCGUCCCAGCCUGGAGGAAGACAGCGCCAGCCUGUCUGGGGAGAGUCUAGAUGGACACUUGCAGGCUGUGGGGUCGUGCCCAAGGCUGACGCCGCCCCCUGCUGACCUGCCUCUGGCAUUGCCAGCCCAUGGGCUGUGGAGUCGCCACAUCCUGCAGCAGACACUGAUGGACGAGGGGCUGCGGCUGGCCCGCCUUGUCUCCCACGACCGCGUGGGCCGCCUCAGCCCCUGUGUGCCUGCGAAGCCGCCUCUCGCAGAGUUCGAGGAAGGGCUACUGGACCGAUGUCCUGCCCCAGGACCCCACCCCGCACUGGUGGAGGGGCGCCGGAGCAGUGUGAAAGUGGAGGCUGAUGCCAGCCGGCAGUGAGGGGCAGCGUGGCGUCCUUGGACCCUGGACUUCUGGUUCACACAGACAGACCCCCUACUCCGUGAUCCCCGGAGUCUAGUCACAACCUGGAUCCUUGUGCUGCCCUUGUCCUACCUCCCCACCUGCUCCAUGGGCAAAGGACUAUGGGGCUUCAAGCAAUAACGAGCAGGGGCCUGGCGAGAGGACACAAGGAGGGUGCGUGGUGCCCCUCACCCCUGCCCAGAUCGAGGAGGCAAGGAAGGACUGCCUCCAGGGCAUUUGGGGUUCUCCCGUCAUUUACACAACACACUCCAUUCUCUAGGUUUCAACCAGUGGUGUGAGCAGUUGGACUCAAUUUGGACAUGGUGGAGAGGGGGGCUUCCCUGUGAAAGUCCAGCAGCUAAUAAUGGAAACAUUUUUUUCCCAGAACUGGGGGCCUGGGAACACUGGAACUGCCCCCUCUCCCCUCCCAUUCCCCAUUUUUGUGCUUCUAGUUUGUUUCUUUAACAAGUGCUGCAGUUAGCUACCCAUCCCCAUCUCUUCCCCAAGCCCUCAGCAGUUCUUUUCUUCCGGCCCUCUCUAGGCGGGGAGGGUGGUGGUAGAGGUGGGAUCCCCUUCACCAGCCCCCUUGGGAGGCCUGGGUUGGACUCAGGGUCUCCCCCAGCUAGGGGCUGGACUGCAGCACCUAUCUGCGCAGUUAGAGCGUCUUUCUUUUCAGAUUGUGUACAGUAGAUUAUUUAUUUUGUUAUUUUGGAAUAAAAUUUAUUUUAUGGCUUAGGA